CCGGCGUGACAGUAACAAGCCACACCAUGCAUUCCAGAAAAGAAGAAGAAGAUAAGGUAGAGUUGAAACUGCUCAGAAGAAUUUUACAUUUCAGGACAAUAAAACCUCCAUUUCUCAACUUCUUUCACAUUCUAGGGUUUUAGAGUAUAUUCUCUGAAUCUCUCCCCCCUUUUCGUACUCUCUUCCAAAAGGGAGACCUGCAAUGGCGGUUCUUUCUGUCGGAAUCGGCCCCUUUAGCCCUUCUCAUUUCGACGGAAGACGUGCUGCCGGUAGGCGAAAUUGUAGCUUCUCCACGCAGAACCGGAUUUUCGUGGUGUCUUCGCAUUCAAAUCCCAAAAUUGUUAAGUCCAAUCGUAAGUCUCGCCACGGCCGUGUGCUUUCGCCUUACGACUCCGACGAUGACGGCAGGUUUGUCGACGACGAUGACGAGUAUUGUUCUGAUGAUGAGUUAGCAGCAAUUAAAAUUUCUAAAGCUGAUAGGCAGCGGUUAAAAUCUAAGAACUCUACUGGUUUUAUUCAAGGCAAUCACAGGCAUACAGAGUCUACAUGGAAUUCAGAACCAUUUAAGUCGGGGAACCAAGGCAAGAUGGGCAUUAAGACUGGUGAAAGCACCCCAGAGAAGAGAAAAAUUGGCACUUUCCACCAUGCUACAAGUAGAUCAACAGGCUCUAGUUCCUUGCACUCAGACGACAAAGGAGAGGAGGAGGAAGGAAGCUGUGUGAAAGAGAGAUUUUCUCGUCUAUCAGAAGAGCUAGGUUUAGAUGAAAGAUGUUUUCCGCUUUUCAAUUAUCUCAGUACUUUUGGAUUUAAGGACUCACAUUUCAUCCAGAUGUAUGAGAGGCACAUGCCGUUCCUUCAGAUAAAUGUGACAUCUGCCCAAGAAAGGCUGGGAUACUUGUUGAGCAUUGGGGUGAAGCAUAAAGACAUUAGAAAGAUAAUCUUGAGGCAGCCUCAAAUUCUUGAGUAUACAGUGGAGAGCAAUCUGAAAUAUCAUGUUGAUUUCUUGACCAGUCUGGGUAUUCCGGAUUCAAAAAUUGGAAGGAUAGUUACUGCAACUCCAUCCCUUUUUUCUUAUAGUGUGGAGAAUUCACUAAAACCCACAGUGAGGUACUUGCUUGAGGAGGUAGGCAUCAAGAAAAAUGAGCUCAGCAAAAUUUUGCAGUUGAGCCCCCAAAUUCUAGUGCAGCGAAUUGACAGUACAUGGACUACUCGGUUCAAUUUUCUUACAAAAGAAUUGGGUGCACCUAGAGACAGUAUAGUGAAAAUGGUUACAAAGCAUCCUCAGCUUCUUCACUAUAGCAUUGAGGGUGGAUUACUUCCUAGGAUUAAUUUUCUACGAAGUAUUGGGAUGCGAGAUUCAGACAUAUUGAAAGUACUGACUAGCAUUACACAGGUGUUCUCUCUAUCGUUGGAGGGGAAUCUGAAGCCCAAGUACAUGUACCUGGUUAAUGAACUUAAAAACGAGGUGCACUCCUUGACCAAAUAUCCAACAUACCUAAGCCUGUCCUUGGACCAGAGAAUUCGCCCCCGGCAUAGGUUUUUGAUUUCACUAAAGAAGGCUCCAAAAGGACCAUUUCCUUUGAGUUCACUGGUCCCAACUGACGAAUGCUUUUGUCAGCAGUGGGCAGGGACAACCUUAGAAACGUAUCUCAAUUUUCGACAGAGAUUACUGUUAAAGGAAUUUGCAAAAAAAUAUGAAAAGCGAUGAUAGGAUCAAACUCGUUCUUUGUGUCUUCCAUAUGCAAAAAAGGGAUCUUUUUAAUCCUGCUCUCAAGUGCCUAAUUCACCAAUCUUUUCUUCACAUACCUGUCUAAUCUUUUCAGGGUCUAGCUAGGCUGUCUUCUUAUGCAGUUGUUUUGUAGCUAAAGUGGAUUUCUGCACAUCUCUGGAGAUUAAUUAAUUCAAACAGAACAAACAGAUACCGAUACUUUAGAAUGUACAGACAUAUAUUGCAAGCCAAAAUGGCAAAUUUUCAAGUGAAUUUCUUAUGUUGAGAAGGUCUCAUUUUAGGAGUUUUGUACUUCUUUUUCUUCUACUUCCUGUUACUUCUGUAUGAAAUUUUGACUCUCAAUAUGGUACAUAUUGGAAUUAGUUACCUAAUAAUUAAGGUAUUUAUGCUUCUCACCUCUAA